AUGCAGGCCUUCAUCCCGUCAGCACCAACCCUCUCCCUCUCCCCGUCCCGGUCUCUCCUCUCGUCGUUCAAAACCUGUACCACCUUUUCCCCACAAGCGCCCGCACGCCGCCGCCGCCCGCUCACCAUGACUGCUUCCGCCCCACCACCGCUCGAAGAUGGCAUGAUACUUUUCGCAAAAGCCGGACCAGGGGGCAAGGUCAUGGGCGACUGCCCGUUCACAUGGAAGGCCAACCUUGCGCUGCGCUUUAAGAACACGGAUUUCAACACCUUCUACAUCGAUCUUGCGAACAAGCCAGGCUGGUUUCUAGAUCUCAACGAAAACGGCUCCACCCCGACUUUUGUAGAUGGCCCCCAUGCCAUUGGCGACUCCGACGAAAUCGUCGACUACGCAGAUAAAGUCGGCCGCAAAGAGAACCUCAUCCUCACGCGCGAAGAUGACCCCAACUGGGAUGCCGCCUUCGACGCCGUGUCGCCUGUCUUCGGCUCGUUUAUUCGCUUUGUAAAAAACAAGGAGCCUGACAAUGAGCCAAAAGUCAAAGCAGAGCUGACGGAAGCUCUGAGAGGUGUGAACAAGUUUUUAGCACAGGGAAAGGGCCCGUUUUUGCUGGGGGAGACCAUCUCCGCACUGGACUGCAACUUGGCGCCCAAACUGCAACAUAUUUCCGUCGCCGCGGGGCAUUACAAGGGUUAUCGAAUCCCACCGGAUUGCAGCGACCUCCAGGCUUUCCUGGAAAGGAUGCGCGCUACGGAGGAGUGGAAGGCGUCCGCAUGCACAGAUGAUGUCAUUGUGUGGGGGUGGUCAAAGUUCUUUUGA